AUGGCUGACGAGGACCACCAACACCAUGGCCCUAAUGGCGCAUACAGCGAGGUCUUUGAAGACACCGAUGUCAAACACCCUCAAACCAUCCAUCGGAUCCGUGCCAACUCCAGUAUCAUGCAAUUGAAGAAGCUGCUGGGUGAGUUCUCCAACACAACCUCCGGAUUUGCUCUCCUCGGGGAAAUGGAAGACAAGAUUGCUAACACGGUUUGAUAACGAUAGUGGCCAACCGAGGAGAAAUCCGUAAGUAUCCCUUCCCUCACUUCUGAAUUGUUCGCUGGCUAACAACAGUGUAGCUAUCCGGGUAUGUCUUGUUAAUGGGCGGUUAACGCGGGGUAAUUGAACUUGCUAACGUUCGGUGUGGUAUAGAUUUUCCGAACAGUGAGCGAGCCCUUCCCCGGACCCAUCCGUGCGGAAAGUUACUGACUUUCUAUAGGCACACGAAUUGUCCCUUCAAACUGUCGCAGUCUUUAGGUAAACUCGAAUCCCAGCUUUGGGUUUGUUGUCGUGCGGGGAUGCUGACAGCUGGUAGUUAUGAGGACCGUCUUAGCAUGCACAGACAAAGUGGGUACUGCCCGCGGGGUAGCAGAGUCAGAGACAGAGAGCGGUCUGCUAAUCAGGUUUCCACUUUUUAGAAGCUGACGAAGCCUAUGUUAUCGGAAAGCGAGGUCAAUACACACCAGUCGGCGCAUAUUUGGCUGGAGAUGAGAUUAUCAAGAUUGCAGUUCAGCAUGGAGUACAGAUGAUCCACCCUGGUAUGAUUGAAUCACUGCGGGAACCGGAAAUCUUUCUAAUUUUCAUACGCAGGAUAUGGUUUCCUUUCCGAGAAUGCUGAGUUUGCGCGAAACGUUGAGAAGGCUGGCCUCAUUGUACGUUCUUCUACCCCUAAAUCUCGCUUCGUACUUUCGCUUCCCGAGUAGUUCGCCCGCUAACUAGUUGAUGUGACAGUUCGUUGGACCUUCCCCCGAUGUCAUCGAUGCACUAGGUGACAAAGUCUCCGCCCGAAAAUUGGCCAUCAAGGCGGGUGUACCUGUGGUUCCGGGUACCCCAGAUGCCGUUGAUAAAUUCGAGGAUGUGAAGGCAUUUACCGACCAGUAUGGUUUCCCAAUCAUCAUUAAGGCUGCAUAUGGAGGUGGUGGACGUGGUAUGAGAGUUGUUCGAGAACAAAAGGACCUUGAAGACUCCUUCAACCGAGCCACUUCUGAAGCCAAAUCGGCAUUUGGAAAUGGAACCGUUUUCGUGGAGAGAUUCCUCGACAAACCCAAGCACAUUGAGGUGCAACUUCUCGGAGAUAGCCAGGGAAACAUGGUUCAUCUUUUCGAGCGUGAUUGCUCUGUCCAACGUAGACAUCAAAAGGUCGUUGAAUUGGCCCCGGCAAAAGAUCUUCCUCUCAAUGUCAGAGAUAACCUUCUUGCCGAUGCCGUCAAGCUUGCAAAGUCGGUUAACUACCGAAAUGCCGGUACUGCCGAGUUCUUGGUUGAUCAACAAAACCGAUACUACUUUAUCGAGAUCAACCCUCGUAUUCAGGUCGAGCACACUAUUACUGAGGAAAUCACUGGUAUUGAUAUUAUCGCCGCACAAAUUCAGAUUGCCGCCGGUGCCACUUUGGCUCAGUUAGGCCUCACUCAAGAUCGCAUCUCCACCAAAGGUUUUGCUAUCCAAUGCCGUAUCACCACAGAAGAUCCUUCCCAGGGAUUCUCUCCUGAUACUGGCAAGAUUGAAGUUUAUCGAUCAGCUGGUGGUAAUGGUGUUCGUUUGGAUGGUGGUAACGGGUUUGCAGGCGCUAUCAUCACUCGUAAGUACUUCUCCACCAACCCCACUCGCUUCUCACUUGUUCCAUAGUUCAUAUACUAACUCAAAUUAUCUAAUCAGCGCACUAUGACUCAAUGUUGGUGAAGUGUACCUGUUUGGGAUCUACCUACGAAAUUGCACGACGAAAGAUGUUGAGAGCGUUGGUUGAAUUCCGUAUUCGUGGAGUCAAGACCAACAUUCCUUUCUUGGCAACCCUACUCACCCACCCCACCUUUAUUGCAAGCGAGUGCUGGACCACCUUUAUCGACGAUACUCCAGAACUCUUUGACCUUGUCGGCAGUCAAAAUCGUGCUCAAAAACUUUUGGCAUACCUUGGUGAUCUCGCCGUCAAUGGCAGUAGCAUCGCUGGUCAAGUGGGCGAGCCAAAAUUCAAGGGCGAUAUCAUCAUGCCAUCACUUUACGAUGAUGCCGGAAAGAAGAUUGACACAUCUGAGCCUUGCCAAAAGGGAUGGAGAAAUAUCCUCGUUGAAAAGGGUCCAGAGGCGUAUGCAAAGGCCAUUCGGGCCAACAAAGGUUGUCUUCUCAUGGAUACCACAUGGCGCGAUGCUCAUCAGUCUUUGCUCGCAACCCGUGUUCGAACUGUUGAUCUUUUGAACAUUGCCAAGGAGACCAGUCACGCUUACAGCAACUUGUACAGUCUCGAAUGCUGGGGAGGUGCUACUUUCGAUGUAGCCAUGAGAUUCUUGUACGAGGACCCAUGGGACAGACUCCGAAAGAUGCGCAAGCUUGUUCCAAAUAUUCCAUUCCAAAUGCUGCUCCGUGGUGCCAACGGUGUUGCAUACUCUUCGCUACCUGACAAUGCCAUCUUCCACUUCUGUGAGCAGGCUAAGAAGCAUGGUGUUGACGUUUUCAGAGUCUUUGAUGCUUUGAACGAUAUUGAUCAACUCGAGGUCGGUAUCAAGGCUGUCCACCAGGCUGGAGGUGUUGUUGAGGGCACCGUUUGUUAUUCCGGUGACAUGCUCAACCCAAAGAAGAAGUACAACUUGGAGUACUACCUUUCAUUGGUGGAGAAGCUUGUUGCUCUUAAGAUUCACGUCUUGGGUGUCAAGGAUAUGGCAGGUGUUCUCAAGCCAAAGGCUGCCACUCUCUUGAUCGGUGCUAUCCGCGAGAAGUACCCAGAUCUCCCCAUCCACGUCCAUACCCACGACUCCGCUGGUACUGGUGUUGCUUCCAUGGUUGCUUGUGCCAUGGCAGGUGCUGAUGCCGUUGAUACUGCCACCGACAGUUUGUCUGGUAUGACCUCUCAACCAAGUGUCGGAGCCGUUCUUGCCUCUUUGGAAGGUUCCGGCCUCGACCCAGGGUUGAAUGUUCACCACGUUCGAGCUAUCGAUACAUACUGGGCUCAGCUUCGUCUCCUUUACUCGCCAUUCGAGGCUGGUCUUACUGGUCCUGAUCCAGAAGUCUACGAGCACGAGAUUCCAGGUGGUCAAUUGACCAACAUGAUGUUCCAAGCAUCUCAGCUUGGCCUUGGUGCUCAAUGGGCUGAGACUAAGAAGGCCUACGAGGCAGCAAACGACUUGCUCGGCGAUAUCGUCAAAGUCACUCCUACCUCCAAGGUUGUCGGUGAUUUGGCUCAAUUCAUGGUUUCCAACAAACUCAGCUACGAUGAUGUCCAGGCCAAGGCCUCUGAACUUGAUUUCCCUGGCUCAGUCCUUGAAUUCUUUGAGGGUCUGAUGGGUCAACCGUACGGAGGAUUCCCUGAGCCACUCCGCACAAAUGCUCUCCGAAACCGAAGAAAGCUUGACAAGAGACCCGGGUUGUCAUUGGAGCCACUUGAUCUUGCAAAGAUCAAGAAGGAAAUUCACACCAAGUGGGGCAGUGUCACCGAAUGUGAUGUUUCCAGUUAUGCCAUGUACCCCAAGGUCUUUGAGGAUUACAAGAAGUUCUGCCAAAAGUAUGGUGAUCUGAGUGUUUUGCCAACCAAAUACUUCUUGUCUAAGCCUGAGAUCGGAGAGGAAUUCCACGUCGACCUAGAGAAGGGAAAGACUUUGAUCUUGAAGCUUCUCGCAGUUGGACCUUUGUCGGAUACUACUGGUCAACGUGAAGUGUUCUACGAAGUCAAUGGUAAGUUUGACAUUACAUUUGAUAAUAAAAAUUGUUGCUAAUAUCAUCCAGGUGAGGUUCGACAAGUUACUGUUGAUGACAACAAGGCCGCCGUUGAGAACACCAGCCGUCCAAAGGCUGAUCCAAACGAUUCAAGCCACGUCGGUGCACCCAUGUCUGGUGUUGUGGUCGAGAUCCGUGUUCACGAUGGCCAUGACGUUAAGAAGGGUGACCCAAUUGCGGUACUCAGUGCCAUGAAAAUGGUAAGUUUUCGGACUCCUUGAAUUAUAACGUAUCUAACAAACACUCUUAGGAAAUGGUCAUCUCAGCACCACACGCUGGUAAGGUCGGACAACUUCAAGUCAAGGAGGGAGAUUCCGUCGGAGGCGCAGACCUCAUCUGUAAGAUUGAGAAGUGAAAGAUUUUGUCUUUUUGAGGAAGCUUUGGCGCACUGGCUUUGAAAGGGAAAUUACUAUAGGUUGUCCCAUGGUUUUUGGGGAUUUGAUGAAGGGUAGAAUGAUGACGACCACUGAGUCAAGAAUCUGGAGCGAUUAGCUUGGUGGAGUUGGGGAGGAGUGACAAUGGCUUUGGCUGCAAUUGCCUAUGAUUUAAGACUUCUUACUUCCUAUGAAAAUUUUUGUCUUCAAAAACUAAAACACC